AUUUACAGAACAUGCAGGGAAAUAAUGGAUAGCAAAGACUGCUGGGACACAUCAAAUUACAAACAAUCAUUCAUAAAGUAAAAGACGAGAAUGACACGAUCUACUGAGAGCUAGAAUGAUGAAAUAUGAGUUAUGUAAUUGGAGGAGGAGCUUCAGCUUUAAGGAAACAGAGAAGUUCCUGUUUUAGCAGUAAAAGAAGAAAAGCUCCAUCAUUCUCCAUCAGGCAGCAUGAGAGUCUGUCAGAGUCUGAUCUGUUGUCUCUUCCUGACAGCUCUGCAGGACAGAGACUCUCUUGUUGAUGCAGAAACCAACAUCUACACAAAACGUGAAGGAGAAGACAUCACUGUUAGAUGUUAUCUUAAAUUUUCAGGGAGCAGAAAGCUGCUCUGUAAGGAAACAUGUGAAGAAGGAAACAUUCUCAUAGACACAACUAGUAAUGAAGAUCAGAGAGGAAGAUACAGCAUUAAAUAUGAAUAUCACCUUAUUGGAUCAAGUAUUUUAGAUGUGACGAUCACUAAACUCACAAAGUCAGACUCAGGUUGGUACAGAUGUAAGUUAUGUGAAGGAUGGAGUCCAGAUUCAGAAGACAACUUAAAAUUAAUCGUUACAGAAGCUUCAGUAACUUCAGCUCCAACCAGGACUGUAGAACUUUCUCCUACAACACAGAUCUCCUCUAUUAUGACAACAACAACAACAACAACAACAGCAACAACAACAGCAACAACAACAAGGAGUUUAAACUCUACAUCAUCUUCACAUCAAACCAAAAAUCAAGACAGAUCAGGUCUGCUGCUGUAUGUGGGUCUGACUCUGGUGGGCUUGAUCUCCAUGUUUUCAGUAGCUUUGCUGAUUUUCUGCAGGAGUCGGAGAUUCAAGCAGAAAAAGGCUCCUUCUUCAGAAACACAGUGUUCUAACGUCACUCUGCCCAACCAGGAGUACGAGGAGAUCAGGGAGAACAUGUCGCCUCCUUUGGUAAUAUCUACAGUGUACUCUAACGUAAAAUAUAAGAAAGGAAAGAAAUCUGACGGCAAACAUGUGUACAGUGUCUUCGACUAUCCUCAGGGCAAUGUUGAAGACUCCUCCACUGAAUACUCUAUGAUCCAAUUCCCCAACUCCACUUCACCCAGCAGCGCCCCUUGUGGUCACAUAGAAAAUGACAUUUACUCAUCUGUUUAGCUUGAUGUGAACUCCACCAACACAGAUGAUGCUUCACCUCCUCUGUACUCUGCUGUUACUCUACAUUAAACCACAGUCUGGAUGUUUGUGACAUGCAGAUCCUGUGAAAGUCAGAGGAAUAGGAAAAGCCUGUAGAGGGUCCAAGUCCUGUAUCUUCAGAGAAAAAAAUCCCAGAUCAGCCACCCUGCUUGAGUUUUUAUGUUUUCUUGGCUUUCAGAUUACUACGGAGCCCAUGUCCUGACAUUAAGAUAUUAAAAUAUAUCUUGUUCCCACAGAUU